AAAAGCUCAAAUCAGUUUAAAAAAAUACAUACAAUAAUUCUCAGAUGAUUUAUUUUCUGUAUACAAAUUUUUAUUCCAUUUAAUUCAAAGACAGCGUAAAAAAUCCAAAAAGUCUGAAUCGCGAACACAUAAAAUGCAUAGAAAAUUUACCUUAAAAUUAUUUAUCCUCAUCUCCAAAAAGGUCUGUGAUAGCCGCGCUUAAAAUGAAAUUGCUCUUCAACUAGCAGAUCUGUCAUUCUCAAAUUCUAAACUUUCUAUCGGUACCAAAUGUUCACGAAUCUAACUCAAUUUAACAUCUAAAUUUAUGUCUUUUUUGAAUCGCGAACAUAUUCGAUCUUGGAACAGUAUUGUUUGCAUUGGUGUAUCAGUUUACACGCGCAAAAUAGUGGCAGUUUUAGAAAUCUUCGCAUCUAAACUUCGCUUCUUCCUCGCUUACAACAACCUUGUACAUUACAUCUAGAGGGGGUAUACAACAAUUAAUUGAUAUACACCCAUGAACAAACGAUCGUUUGAGACUGGAAAUUACUAGAGAACGUGACUUCCCUAGCGUGACUUCUUCCGUCGAGAAUUUACACGCUUCGCUUGCGAAAUAUUCAAUGGAAAACAAAAAAUAUUCUGCUGAUCAAUGGAGAAAAGAAAAAGAAGAAAAAAAGCUUAAACAACAAAGGGAAUACUAUGAAAGAAACAAAGAAGUUCUUGCACAAAAAGCAAGAGAAAGAAUGCGCUUGCUUCGAAGCAAGAAAAAAAACGCGACAGUCGCCGCAGUGAAAACACGCACAUCUGCACAAAAGGCUGAUGACAAAAGAGCCAACCGUGAGCGGAAUGCUGCAUCAGCUACCAAGAAGAAGGUUUUGAAGCAAAGAGAAAAAGAGAGGGAAGAGAAAAAGCGACAGCAAACUCGAGAAAGGGUUCGAAAACUUCGUCAGAAUAGAAAAGAGUCAUCAUUUGCGCAACCGAAACCUGAAGUCAACAUCACCACACCAGCUUUUAGUUCAAGGAUGGCAAAAAAACGUGCAAAGGACAAGGUGUCCCCUGCCUUACCUCAAACCCCCGCAAAAAAGGCUGAAAUUCUUCAAAACCUUGCAAGUACUCCUCGCACAAGGAAGAUUCUUGAAAAAAAGAAGUUCGUGAGACCAGUUGAGGAGCAACAAAAUAUCGAAGCAAUGGAGUGUUUGGUAGAAGAUUUGGCAGAAGGAUUGUCCAAAGUCAAAAAAGCUAAGUCGACUGAUGAAAGAGCAGCUUAUAACUGUACGCGCUCUUUGGCUUUUGGAUCUUCUGUCAAAAAAAACAAGCACCAAACACGGAUUGCCAAGAUGAUGGGAGUAAAAAGAAGCCAGGUGUCCAAAGCUAUCAAACAUAGAGAAAGAGUUUUGAAGGGUGAUGAGGCCUGCUGGUUGAGAACAAAAAGAAAUGUCAGGUGUGACGCGAUUAAAGAAGAAGAUAAGCGUGUUAUCUACGAUUUUUGGACCCUACAAGCAAGUCGACCCACUGGAUCCAAAAGAGACAAGAUGCGGCAACGAAUUGGCAAAAAGGAGUAUGUGGAGCACGCAAAGCAUAUCCUUGAAAAGACUCAAACAGAGUGUUUCAAAGAAUUCCAGGAGCUACAUCCCGACAUAAAAGUGAAACAACGAAGAUUUGAGCAGUUGAAGCCUUUCUUUGUUACUGGAGCUAGAGAGAGAGAUAGACAAUCUUGCUUGUGUAGGAAGCAUGUAGAAUGCAAAAUUGUAUUUGAUUCUUGCAUGAAAUAUCGAAAAUCCAUACAAAAUAAUGAAGUUCAAGCCUUUAAUUUUCUCACUGAAGCUGUGGAAUCCACAUUGUGUGAAAAGCCAGAAGACUCCAGCUAUUCCUCUCUAGACUGCCUGACAAGGAGCUGUGACAAGUGUGGGGUGAAGAACUUCAAGACAGCAGCUGAAGAAAUGUCUGAAACUGAAGUCAAGUGGAAACGAUAUGAAUACAUAACGUACAAAGAUAACAAUGGCGAGGAAAAAAGGAAAAUCCACUUGGUCCAAAAAGAAACUCCUGUCAAAGAGAUGUUUGACUAUUUCCAGCAACUCCUGAAAGAUUAUCCCUACCAUUCAUUUAUGGCCAAAUGGCAAAAAGAACAGUUUGAUCAUUUAAUGACAAACCUGCCUCUCAACCAUAUCAUCUGUGUGCAUGAUUUUUCUGAGAAUUACACUUGCAGAUCACAAGAUGAAAUUCAAUCAGAGUAUUUCGAUCCUGUGAAAGUCAGCAUUCAUGUGUCAAUUGUCUAUCGCCAUGCUGAUAUUGACAUUGAUGGCAAAGCAAGUACAGAACAAGACCCUGUCCUCAUCAAAGAGCACAUCUUUGCCCUUUCAGAAGACAACACUCAAGACUACCAUUUUGUACACCACACCCAAGGCCUAAUACUGACGUACCUUAGGAAUGAGGUCAAAGUGAAAGUAGACAAAGUUCAUGAAUUCACUGAUGGGUGUGCUGGACAAUACAAAUCUAAGCACACUUUUGGUGAUUUGUCAUGUUCUUUGUCUGACUUUGGGUGUCAGGUGGACCGGCAUUUCUUUGAAACCUCUCAUGCAAAAGGAGAGCAAGAUGCAGCAGGUGCUAAUGUCAAACAACGUGCUACUCUUGCUGUGAUUCGAAGAGAAGCAUCCAUCAAGUCUGCAAAGGAGCUCUAUGAGUAUCUGAAGGACAAGUUCUCUUUGCCAUCUUCAACCAACAGCAAAACCACCUUAAACAAGAGAGUAUACUUCUACAUUCCACUAAAUGGAGAAGGAGCUGUUGACAGAAACAGAAUUGGCCGCACUUUUAAAGAGCUAAAAGGGAUUAGAAAAAUCCACUCUGUAAAAACAACUUCUCAGCAAUGUAAGGUGAAGACAAGGCUAAGAAGCUGUAUGUGCAUUGGUUUUUUAACUGACAUGGACUGUGAAAAUGAGGAGUAUGUUGAUAAGUGGAGAGAGGUUGAGAUGUCAAGAGAAGGAGAUGUUGCAGUCACAAGGCAGAAUCAAGACUCAGUCAAUGUCAGUAAAACAGUCAAUGCACUCACUGAUCUUGUUGAAGAAGGAAGUACUGUCGCCAUUGCAGCAGCUGAUGACGCCAUAUAUGAUUACUACCUCUUCAAAGUUACAAGCAGUGGUGCCAUAAUUUUGGGUGAAGAUGAAGUUGAUGACUAUAGUGCUGCUUAUCAGAAAGGUUCCUUUGUCUUCAAGGGUAACUUUUUCCUAAGGGACAAUAUUAUAGACAUGACCUACAAGCUUGACAAUAAACAAGCUAUUGUGUAUGCAAACACUGUCAGGACUAUCUGUGGAGAACUCAAGAAAUUAAAUAGGCGUAGAAAUACAACAAAUACCAACACUAGGAAGCGGUCCCUGCAGAUUGCAGUUGCUGGAGACAGACUGUCAAAGCAGGCAUUCAGAGAAGUGAAAGGAGGAGAGAGAUACAGUGAAAAGGGAGAAGAGAGUACAGGCACCAGAGGGCAGCAUCAGCAAGCACAAAGCCAGGUGCAGACUUCACCUGCAACAGGACCUGCCUUGUCAGGUCAGGACUGCACAGCCACAGCAGGCACUCCAACUCUGCAAGAGACUGACCAUGUGGCCCAUUUCAUUGCUUUCAGAAACAGAUGGAGGCCAAUAUUUACAUCUUAUUUGUAA